AUGGGUAAUUCGGGCUUGUGGGAAUUCAUUACCCUAAGUUCAGCAAUUAAGAAUGUUGCGAGUAUAUAUUGGAAAAGCGGGAGGUCGAUUUAUCACCAAAAACCGUUUAUAAAUGCCUCAACACUGAAGAAACAAGGACCUGUACUUUCAAAAUCAUAUGUAGGAAACAUUGAAGAUGAUAAAGUAAAGGUUGCUUGUCAUGAAAAAGAAACGAAAAAAGCUACUGAAAGCUUGCAAUCUUUGGCGAAGGAUUCGGAAGUACUUACGCCUGGUGAAGUUAUGAACGGAAAGCAUACUCCAAUUCUGGAUGAAAAGAAGGAAUUGAAUUACGAUCCUAAGCUUACCAAUUUUGUUAGCGACAGAAAACCUCAGACGAAAACCAAUGAUCCCCUUAGCUCUGAAGUAAAUCCUACAAUUAAACCAAAUCAGUCAAAUACGUUUUAUGAGCGUAAGCAAAAUGAGGAGAUAGUGAAAGAAAAAGCACAUCAUUUGAAGGAGUUAGAAACGGAAGCAUUUCAAAAGCCUCCUAGCAUUCCUCUCAAGGCUUCAAAAGUCCCUUCUUCACAAUGGAGUAGACUUUGGCAUUACGGAGGCCUUGCAACUUCUCUCUCCGUUGGCGCCGUAGGGGAAAAAUUAAAACGAGUUUGGGGAUCUAGUAAAGAAGAGGGCGGUGUUUUACUUAAUGAAAGGAACAUUGAAAUACUGGUGAACAAGUUGAGUCAAAUGAGAGGUGCAGCGCUAAAGCUUGGGCAAAUGUUGUCGUUUCAAGAUAGCAAGAUGUUUCCUGGGCACAUUGCACAUAUCCUAGAACGUGUGCGUGAUAGUGCCCAUGCAAUGCCUGACAAGCAACUUGAAAAGGUGAUGGCGCAAAACCUGGGCAAAGACUGGAAGAGCCUCUUUUCCGAGUUUGAAAAAAGUCCGAUGGCGGCCGCAUCUAUAGGACAAGUUCACCGAGGAAGAUUGGCUUCCAAUGGUACUUUAGUUGCAGUUAAAGUCCAAUAUCCCGGUGUCAAAAAUUCAAUUGACUCCGAUUUAAAUAAUUUGUCAAUAUUAUUGAGGGCUUCUCGACUUUUACCUAAAGGUUUAUUUCUGGAGAAUAGUAUUGCAGCUGCCAGAAAAGAAUUGGCCUUGGAGUGUGAUUACAUGCGCGAGGCAGAUUUUGUGGAAAGGUUUGGAAUGCUUCUGAAACAAGAUCAACGCUUGAGAGUUCCCAAAGUGUUUAGGGAAGCAUCUGGUCCGACAGUGUUAGCAUUGGAGUAUCUACACGGUAUUGCAUUAGGGAAAAUUGUGUAUACACAAGAGCUUCGAAACAAAAUUGGAACGAUUUUAACAGAGCUAUGUUUUAAAGAGAUUGCUGACUUUCAUUGUAUGCAGACUGACCCUAAUUGGUCAAACUUUCUGUAUAAUACACACACACACCAGUUGGAGCUCUUGGAUUUUGGAGCUUCUAUUGAAUACAGCCAAGAGUUUAUUUCAAAAUAUUGUCGACUUUUGCUUGCUGGUGCAAGACGGGAUAAGGACGCUUGUCAACAACUAUCGGAGGAGCUAGGAUAUUUGAGUAAACACGAAUCGAAAGCAAUGAUAAAUGCACAUGUGGAGUCCAUAUUUACUCUUGCUGAGCCGUUUGCAUUUGAUGCCCCAGAUAUAUAUGACUUUGGGCACCAAACGAUUACAGAACGUGUAAAAGAGCAAAUACCACUAAUGCUGCAAUUGCGACUUCAACCACCUCCUGAGGAGACAUAUUCCCUUCACCGAAGACUGAGUGGACACUUUUUGUUGUGCUCCAAGCUGGGUGCAAAAAUACAGUGCAAGCAAGUAUUUCAAAAAAUAUUGAGUCCUUUCAACAACUAA